GUCCUGACGCUGAGAACAAGGUUCCUCAAGCUGAGGACAAGGUUCCUCACGAUGAGGAGAAGGUGCCUCAGACUGAGGGCAAGGUAUUUCACACUGAGGACAAGGUCCCUGGCGCUGAGGACAAGGUUCGUCAAGCUGAGGACAAGGUACCUCACACUGUGGACAAGGUACCUAACAGUGAGGACAAGGCUCCGCCCGCUGAGGACAAGGUUGCUCCCGCUGAGGACAAGCUUCCUCACGCUGAGGACAAGGUCCUCACGCAAAGGGCGAGGUCCCUCAAGGUGAGGACAAGGUUUCUCGCACUGAGGACAAGGUACCUCACACUGAGGACAAGGCUCCUCACGCUGAGGACAAGGUUGCUCCCGCUGAGGAUAAGCUCCCUCACGCUGAGGACAAGGUCCUCACGCAGAGGACAAGGUCCCUCAAGGUGAGGACAAGGUUCCUCACGCUGAGGACAAGGUACCUCACACUGAGGACAAGGUACCUCGCACUGAGGACUAGGUACCUCACGCUGAGGACAAGGUUCCUCAAGCUAAGGACAAGGUUCCUGAAGCUGUGGACAAGGUACCUCACAUUGAGGACAAGGUACUUGCCACUGAUCACAAGGUUCCUCACGCCCAGGAGAAGGUUCGUCACGCUGAGGACAAGGUUCCUGACGCUGAGGACUAGGUCCUCACGCUGAGAACAAGGUACCUCAAGCUGAGCACAAGGUUCCUCACGCUGAGGACAAGGUACCUGACACUGAGGACGAGGUACGUCACACUGAGGAGAAGGUUCCCCACGCUGAGGUCACGGUUCCUCGAGCUGAGGACAAGGUAUCUCACACUGAGGACAGGCUUCCUCAAGCUGAGAAAAAUGCACCUCACACUGGGGACAAGGUACCUCACACUGAGAACAGGGUUCCUCACGCCCAGGACAAGGUUCUCACGCUGAGGACAAGGUUCCUCACGCUGAGGACAAGUUCGUGACGCUGAGAACAGGGUUCCUCAAGCUGACGACAAGGUUCCUCACGAUGAGGACAAGGUACCUCACACUGGGGGUAAGGUAUUUCACACUGAGGACAAGGUUCCUGACGCUGAGGACAAGGUUCCUCAAGCUGAGGACAAGGUACCUCACACUGAGGACAAGGUACCUCACACUGAGGACAAGGUUCCUCAUGCUGAGGACAGGGUUCAUGAUGGCCAGGACAAGGUUCCUCACGCUGAGGACAAGGUUCCUCACGCUGAGGACAAGAUUCCUCACGUUGAGGACAAGGGUUCUCACGCUGAGGACGAGGUUCCUCACGGUGAGGACAAGGUACCUCACGCUGAGGACAAGGUUCCUCAAGCUGAGGACGAGGUUCCUCAAGCUGAGGACAAGGUACGUCACACUGAGGACAAGGUACCUCACACUGAGGACAAGGUUCCUCUCUCUGAGGACAAGGUACUGUAG